AUGAUACCAAAGAAGAAGAAGAAGACUACCUUAUUCAGGAUUUCAUAUCUGAUAAUCAUACAUGUAAUGUUCAGUCAGACGUGUCGUCAGACAGAAGCAUCGGUAGGUGAUCACGUUAAGUACCCAAGCAUUCGUCUGACAACGGAUCACAACAAUCAAGUUAACCAUGGCUAACGAGCCAGUGAGUGUGAUUUUCAAGGUCUACUGUCUGUCAGUGAUGACACUGGUGGCAGCAACUUACACCGUGGUAUUACGAUACACAAGGACAGUAUCAUCAACAGUUAUGUACUUCUCUACAACAGCCGUAUGUAUCACGGAAGUUAUUAAAUUGUUCUUGAGCCUUGGGAUGUUGACCAAAGAAACUGGCAGCUUUGGCAGGUUAAAAGCGUCCAUAGUUGAACAUGUAUUUUGGAGUCCAAAAGAGCUGCUGAAACUGAGUGUUCCCUCUGUGGUCUAUGCAGUUCAGAAUAACAUGGCCUUUAUUGCCUUGAGCAAUCUUGAUGCAGCUGUGUAUCAGGUGACCUAUCAAUUGAAGAUCCCGUGCACAGCCUUGUGCAUGGUCCUCAUGCUGAACCGCUCUCUCAGCAGGCUGCAGUGGUUCUCAGUCUUUAUGCUGUGUUUAGGUGUCACACUGGUCCAGUGGAAACCGGCAGAGGCCACUAAAGUCCAGGUGGAGCAGAACCCAUUUUUGGGGUUUAUGGCCAUUGCUGUGGCUGUGUUGUGCUCCGGGUUUGCAGGUGUGUACUUUGAGAAGGUCCUAAAGAGCUCAGACACAUCCCUAUGGGUGAGGAACAUCCAGAUGUACCUGUCUGGCAUUGUGGUCACCCUCGCUGGAGUUUACAUGACUGAGGGCGCUCAGGUCAUGGAGAAAGGCUUCUUCUACGGUUACACGCCUUGGGUGUGCUUUGUAGUCUUUUUGGCCAGUGUGGGUGGUUUGUACACAUCAGUGGUGGUGAAGUACACAGACAAUAUCAUGAAAGGCUUCUCUGCUGCUGCCGCCAUCGUUCUCUCUACUGUGGCAUCCGUCACUCUGUUUGGGCUACAGAUAACUGCUACCUUUGCUUGUGGAGCAAUGCUGGUGUGUGUCUCCAUAUACCUUUAUGGACUUCCGAAACAAGACACCACCAAGCUUCCAAGAGCAGACACAGACAAGGAGGCCAGGCAGAAACUGAUCACUGUUUGAAGCCUGGGUCUGGAAUAGCAAAGGUUUAUGGUCUUUCCUGACCUCUGUGUUGGAGCUGCCCAUGAGGCCCUCUUUCACACUGCGGUCUACUGUUGUCCCAUAAGAGCGUCGGCAAGGAACGUCAAUCUAGAUGAAUCAUUAUAUCAGUAAUGAUGGAGCAUAAAGUAAGGGAAGUGUGGCGCUGAGGCAGAAUGUAUACAUAGAAAAUAAAUACCAUUUGGGUUUUUAUUCCUUAUUUUUUUGUUUACUGUGGGACUGCUGUUUAGUUAUGGACAACAAUAUGUUUGUUGAACCACUGUCAAUGUCAACUACUCCACUAUUGACAAAGUACUGAAUGUAUAUACACAGCUGACAGAAUCUCACCUGGGAGAGAGCAUUUGCGGUGCAUUCGGAAAGUAUUCAAACUGCUUCCAUUUUCCCACAUUUUGUUAUGUUACAGCCUUAUUGUAAAAUUGAUUCAAUUAAUUAUUUCUCAAUCUAUACACAAUGCCCCAUAAUGACAAAGUGAAAACAGAUUUUUAGAAAUGUUUGCAAAUGUAUUGAAAAUAAAAAUCAUACCUUAUUUACAUAAGUAUUCAGACCCUUUGCUCAGGUGCAUCCUGCUUCCAUUGAUUGUCCACCUGUGGUCAAUUAAAUUGAUUGUACAUGAUUUGGAAAGGCACACAACAGCACAGUUGACCGUGCAUGUCAGAGCAAAAACUAAGCCAUGAGGUUGAAGGAAUUGUCCGUAAGAGCUCCGAGACAUGAUUGUAUCGAGAAACAGAUCUGGGGAAGGGUACCCCCCCCCCCCCACAAAACAUUCUGCCUCAUUGAAAGUACAAGAACACAGUGGCCUCCAUUCUUAAAUGGAAGAAGUUUGGAGCCACCACAACAAUCUUCCUAGAGCUGGCUGCCUGGCCAAACAGCAAUCGGGGGAGAAGGGCCCUAGUCAGCGAGGUGACAAAGAACCUGAUGGUGAACCUUCCAGAGUUCUCCCAGGAGGACAACCAUCUUUGCAGCACUCCACCAAUCAGGCCUUCAUGGUAGAGACGGAAGCCACUCCUCAGUAAAAGGCACCUGACAGCCCGCUUGGAAUUUUCCAAAGGACACGGACGAUGAGAAACAAGAUUCACUGGUCUGAUGAGACCAAGAUUGAACUCUUUGGCUUGAAUGCCAAGCGCCACGUCUGGAGGAAACCUGGCACCAUCCCUACGGUGAAGAAUAGUGGUGGCAGCAACAUGCCGUGAGGAUGUUUUCAGAGGCAGGGACUGGGAGACUAGUCAGGAUUGAGGGAAAGAUGGAGUAAAAUACAGAGAGAUCAUUGAAAACCUGCUCCAAAACACUCAGGAUGUCAGACUGGGGCAAAGGUUCACCUUCCAACAGGACAAAGACCCUAAAGCACACAUCCAAGACAGGAAUGGCUUCGGAACAAGUCUGAAUGUCCGAGUGGCUUUCUUUAUAAAAUUUGCAAAAAAUUAAGAAAAAGUUUUUGCUUUGUCAUUAUGGGAUAUCGUGUGUAGAUAGAAUUUGUUUUACAUUUUAGAAUAAGGCUGUAACAAUGUGGAAAAAGUCAAGGGGUCUGAAUACUUCCAGAAUGCACUAAGUGCCCGUACAGUUACAUGUUAAAGUCAUGUUAUUGGUGUGGCUGUCUUUGUCCAUGUAUAUACUGAAUACAAAAAUAUAAACAGAA